UUGAGCACAUCCAGAGUGAGGUGAGCUGCAGGAGGCUGAGUGAGCGAGUGCACCGUCAGGACGCUGCAAGAGGUGCGUUAAACCCACCACCACUUCCUGCACUGUCAACUAACUAGAGCGGAUAUAUGAUGCAGAAGACUUCGUUGGCACUGUAAACCUGAGACCUGCAUUUUUUUCCGCCUUUUUUUUCCUGCAAACGGCAGACAGAAUUCAUUUUCUGCACAGAGACCUCUGGAUUUGUUCCAGCGUCCACACAAGAUGCAUAUGAAUAGCUUAUUAAAUCAAUGGAACAUCUCCAGGAUGUGUGAUGUGGACGUGUCCUCAGAGCCCACCAGUCCCACCCUGUGCGGUGAGUCUUCAGACAAGUACUACCAUGUGGACCGCUGGCAGAAACUCCGCACUGCCGUCCGCAAACUGGAGUUCUGGGAAAACUUCACCGCUGAGCUCAUUGGGAGCGGCUUCUUCUCCAAGGUCUAUAAGGUGAUGCACAAUACCAGUCGGAAGGUGAUGGUGGUGAAGAUCUACAAAAAUGACGUGGACCAGGACAGCAUAGUGCGUGAGAUCAGCCUGCUGCAGAAACUCUCCCACCCCAACAUCGUCAGAUAUCUGGGAAUCUGUGUGAAAGAAGACAAACUCUAUCCGAUCUUAGAGUAUGUGAAUGGCGGCUGUCUGGAGGAGCUUCUGGUCAGGAAAGACGUUCCCCUGUGCUGGAGAGAGAAAGUGGACCUGUCCUGUGAUAUAAGCAGAGGGAUGAUCUACCUGCACUACAAGAACAUUUACCACAGAGACCUCAACUCUAAGAACUGUCUGAUCAGAGUGACGUCUCGAGGGCGGGAGGCCCUGGUGACAGAUUUCGGCUUAGCCAGGGAAGUGGUGGAGCUGCCAGUUAAAGACCCUGGCAGAAAGCUGUCACUGGUGGGCUCUGCCUUUUGGAUGGCUCCUGAAAUGCUCCGUGGAGAGCCAUACGACCGCAAGGUGGAUGUUUUCUCCUUUGGCAUUGUGCUCUGUGAAAUCUUGGCCAGGAUCCCUGCUGACCCAGAGAUACUACCCAGAACACAGGACUAUGGGCUGGAUGUGAAAGCAUUCAAGGAGCUGGUGAAUGACUGUCCUGACCGUCUCCUGGAGUUAGCAGCCAGCUGCUGUAUGUUGGAGUCCUUCAGACGGCCAGCGUUCACAGAGUUGCUGGAUGAGUUAGGAGAGGUUGCUGAGAGUCUGGAGCUGCCGGCGAAAUCUGAUCUGACUACGAGCUGAGUGGUCCAGGGGUCUGGGAUUAGUCACUAUGUGGACAGGAUGCUGAACCUGAGCAGAAAGAAAAACCCUGAAUAUUUCAGCCCUCUGUGGCAUCACUCUCCUCUACUGCACAUUGCACAAUGAUGGUUGACCUAGUCUUAACUGAGGUGGUGCAGAUGUACUAGAUGUGUUUUUCGGAGAGCAGUGGACACUGCUGACUUCUCAUGAACACUUUUGCUUUGACACAUUUGUGUACAUAUAAAUAGAGGUUUUGACUGAUAGGAGUGAUAUACAGUAUGUUCUGUUUUAUUGCCGCACGUCUUACUGGGACUGAAAGGUCUUAUCCUUUCUUCCUUCCUCGGUUCCUUCUCUUCUUUGUGAGUGGUUUGUUUCCUAACCAACGAUACAGAUGAUCCAGUCUGUUGAUGUGUAUUUUGCCUCUUCUGCAGUAUCUGCUUACUCAUCUCCUUUGUGAUUCAGGUCGGCCUCCACGGGCCUGGACUCAACUCAGUGCCUCUCCAACAGGAAAUUGUGUUUGUUCACUGAGCGAGAAUAGUCUGCCCUCUACUGGGACUUAAACAAGUUUAUAAGACAUCACUUCAAACAAGAUGGGACUCAAAGCAAAACCACUUCAGGAUGCAGCCUGUGGAUACAAGCUACAAAUGCAGGGCUGACAAAUCAGGAGCUGAAGAGAUUUUAAGUUUUGAAGAGCUAAACUUCAUGAUUGAAACAGAAACCACAAACAACCCCCUUAAUUUGCUCUGUGUGCAGGUUCACAAUUCAUAUUCACAGUGGUAAUUCAUGUUGGUGACAGUUUAAGCUAUUUAUUAUUUCCAUAAAACUAUAUAUUUUCUUCUGUGAAGUUUAUCAGGGGCAAAGAAAAGAAAAUUCAAGGCCUUUAUUUUUUGUUCAAUGUAAUGACUUUGCAUUAUUUGAGUCCUCUGGUGGAUUUUGCUCAAAGGUACAACACAUUUCUCAACAAUUAUGUCACAAUAUAAUGGUUGUUUUGCAUAAUUUCAUGUUCACAUCUCAUUUUGCUUUGUAGUUGUCAUAUUUCGUUGUUAUUUGUCUGAGUUACUUUGACCUGAAAAUGUGCGUGUACAAAUUUCAAGCUUCUCUCUUUUUUUCUUUUCACCUUUUAAAAAAAAUUACUGACACCUUUUUGAGACUGAAGGAGUACACAUUGUGUUGAGUUUACCAGUAUUUACCACUUUCUGGUCUCGCAAUGAUUUUUCAGGCAGCUACAAUACAAAAGGAACUGUCACAAAAGCCACAUUUGGCCUCUAAAUAAAUGAAAGUAAAUC